AUGAUUGUGUGGCCUUCAGCUUUAUUGGACGUGUACCUUCCAGCAAUCUUGCUAUUUGCAACUGUUUCCUAUUUGACCGCCGCGCUGACUUCUCUUGUUGGGAAUUCCAGUGGCAGUGCUGCCAUCGACCCUCAUACACUGGAAGAUUGUCUGUACGGUUGGUUCACUGUUAGCAUAUGGCUUUUGAUUGUAAGCGCUGCUCUUUCCAAGGCGGUUGCUGUCCGUAUAGAGGGCGAUUCAUCAAGGAACGAGCUGCGCGCCGCAAAGUCGAUCUUGGCAGGCACAUGUGACGCUGUGGUGGAAUUUGAUGCAGAGUUGAGGCUAGCACAGCCCUCCCCGAAGCUCGCGGACCUGCUCAUGUUAAGCCCUCCAGCGCUUCGCGGGUGA